ACCCCAUAUUAAAAAAGAUGCCAAACAAACUCAUGUCAUGAUACUAACCUCCACAUCUUCAAAGAGCCUUAUACCCACAAAAUAAAAGGUACAUAAUUCAUUCUAAAUUUUCAUAUCUUACACUUUCUUUUUUUAUAAAGGUUACAUACGUAAUGUCGAAUUCAGAUAGAAGAAGUAAUCAUAUCGCGAUUAUACUAGUUAUAACAAUCCUUCAAUUUCUACUCCUAAAUAUUGUUAAAGCCCAUGACUACAACACAUUUCAAGAAUUGCCAUCAACACAAGAUGAAGCAAACUUUAGGCCAAGUAUAGCUGUUGUUAUUGGUAUCCUCUCCAUCAUGUUUUCCUUAACAUUCCUUCUACUUCUCUACGCCAAAUUUUGUCGUAGAUCAUCUCUACCUCUCCACAACGCGAUGCAAAUUGAUCAAGAUAGACUAACAACGCUCCCAAUGGCACGAGUUUCCUCAGGUAUAGAUAAAACUAUCAUAGAAUCACUCCCUUUUUUCAGAUUCUCUAUGCUUAAAGGCUCGAGACAAGGCUUAGAAUGCGCUGUUUGUUUAUCAAAAUUCGAAGAUGUUGAAGUCCUUAGAUUACUACCAAAAUGCAAACAUGCAUUUCACAUCAAUUGUAUUGAUCAAUGGCUUGAAAAACAUUCGAGUUGUCCUCUAUGUAGACAUAAAGUCCGCGUUGAGGACAACUCAUUGUUAACAUAUUCAAAUAGUUUUCGAUUUUUAAGAGAGGAUUCCAACUUGGAACUUUAUAUACAAAGAGAAAGUAAUAGUCAAAAUGGUGUAAAUAGAUCAUCAAGAUUCAGCAUUGGCAACAUGAGUUUGAAGAAAAACGAAGAUAGUUUUCUCGAUCAAACAGAGGAAAAACAGAACAUAAUUGAUCAUGAUCAUGAUGAUAUGUUACAUAAGUUCAAUCAUAAGAUUGUUGUGUCUGAUGUUGUGUUGAAACAUCGAUGGAGUAACGUUAGUUCUUCGGAUUUCAUGUUCUUGAAUACUCAAAUGAUCAAUGACAUGACUAACAAUAGGUUCAACUCAUCAUUAGAAUCAAGAAAUUACAACAAGAAUAUAGUAAGUUCAUCAAAUGUGUUGAGACAAAAUGAGAAAAGAAGUAUGUCUGAGAUUUUGAUAUGUCCAAGAUUUGAUGAUUACAAUACUAGGAAUUGUAAUAGAGACAAUUCAAUUACUUGUGUUGAGGAAAAAAGGAUGAAACUUUGGCUUCCAAUUGCAAAAAGAACAGUUCAAUGGUUUGAAAAUAGGGAAAAAAGGUAUGCAAGACAAUCAUUCAAUGUAUAGUUUCUUUUGUCUUCUAUAGGUAUUUUUCUUUAUCUGAUGUUCGGUAUCUACUUUGCGACUUGACUAAUCUAAUUUUGUAUUGUAAAGUCUUUGUUUUCGAGGUAAAGUGCAAAGACAAUAUUUUACCAGGGUCAAGUCUGAAAUUUUUAACUAAGGAUGAAUGAGUAGUUACAGUCUGUGAAUCUGAUUCAAUAUCUGGUGAUGGUAAAAGGCUUUUUACUUACUUUCAUUUGA